AUGAAUUUGUAUUAUGCAUACAAUAUUAGUCUUGAUUUAGUUUUACGUUUUCAGCUCCUUAAGGCGUUGGAGGAUAUUCCGAAUAUCAUCGUGAAAGUAGUCGAUUAUAAUGAACGGGUUCCAUUUCUCUCUCAGCUUGAUUCCACACACAACUCUGACGUGUUUAUCGGAAUGCACGGUGCCGGGCUUACUCAUCUACUUUUCCUACCGGACUGGGCUGCAGUUAUGGAAUUGGCUGGUUUCAGGUAUAACUGCGAUGAUCGCCACUGCUACAGGGAUCUAGCACGUCUUCGUGGAGUGAAGUACUUCACUUGGGGUUCAGACAAGCAACAUCUGAUAUACCCAGAGGGUGGUGCACGCCGUCCAGGAAGUGAAGAACCACAUAAGAAAUUCAUGAAUUAUCGAUUCGAUCCCAUGGAAUUUCAAAAACGGGUAAAAGUGGUGAGUUAUUAUGAAAGUUGA